UUUAAUUUUCCUCCUCAGUAUUCAUGUAUAUUUGCCUACUUUAUUGGUGUAAGGUCUCACAUAAAUACGACAAGAAGUUCCAGACAAUGGUGAACCGUGUUACUUGCUUGGCAUAAUUAUGCACACGCGCAGUUUGUUCUUUCUUUCUUUCUUGGGAAGGUUGUUCACUAUUUUCUGCACCAUGAACAGACGAAUGGAGUGAGUCGGAGGAGGAAAGGAUUAAGACCUUUUCUGCACUCUUCGGGAGGGAGGGAGAGAGGAGGAAGGAGGAGGAAGGUAUUAGCAAAGCAACGACGUAGCACUGGUGGAGCGCAAUGUAUGACGACGAUAACACAGCGUCGCCUUAGUCUGUCAGCAGCAGCCGUGGCGCACUGACAGGCAGCUUGGUGCCACUGACGUGAAGGGUGCGACACUCAAAGUAGUACGCCUCACUGCUUCUGUGUGUGCAUGUCAUAAUCUUUCGUGAUGUGUUAUUUUAAAUAAACUUUAUAACAACUUAAGAUAACUGACAGUCGCGAGAUUGAUUCAGGCGUCCUAGGACUUUUGGUAAAAGACUCGGGCAUCCUUGAAGACCGUCAUCAUGGCUCCCAAAGAGGAGCAAUCGGAGAGGAACCAUUUGGCCAAACCGAUGUCCCCCGUGGAAGGUGGAGACGCUUCUAAUCUGACAAGCAAAAUUCAGGAAGACCUCCUUGACCUAGAUCAGGAUGAAGUGGAACAGAUCCUGAACACCCAAGAGAAAAAUUUCCUGCUACAGGUGGAGCGAGGAGACGUGUCCACUGUCAAGAAUAUUCUCAAGAAGGGAAGGAGAGACAAUGCCGUCACGCCUGAGAGUUUCAACAUCAACUGCAAGGAUCCCCUAGGGCGCACCGCCAUCGCUAUCGCCAUUGAAAACGAAAACCUGGAUAUGAUCACUGUCCUGCUGGACGAGAAAAUUGAAUCCGGGGACUCCCUGCUGAGGGCCAUCUCGGAGCAAUAUGUGGAGGGUGUGGAGCUGCUGUUGAUGCACGAGGAGAACAUUCACCAACCUGGGGAGCCUUACUCAUGGGAAAGAGGCCAUCAGGACCGUGCCACUUUCACGCCUGACAUCACGCCACUCAUCCUGGCCGCUCACAACAACAACUACGAGAUCAUCAAGCUGCUCCUGGACCGCGGUGCCUCCCUGCCCAUGCCGCACGACAUUAAGUGUGCUUGUGAUGGGUGCCUCGUCUCCAGCGCCGAGGACUCUCUGAGACACUCCAUGUCGCGGAUCAACGCUUACCGUGCUCUGGCCUCCCCUUCCCUCAUCUGCCUCUCCAGCAAGGAUCCGCUCAUCACCUCCUUCCGCCUCAGCGAAGAGCUCAACAGCCUCGCCUCCAUGGAGAAGGAGUUCGUUGAGGACUACGUGAAAUUGAGGAAUCAGGUGCAGAAGUUUACUAUGGACUUGAUAGAGGAGACCCGUACCCGCACCGAGUUGGAAAUUGUUCUCAACUACGACCCAGAAGGAGACCCUUACAAGAAAGGGGAGUUCAUGCACCUGACAAGACUGAGGGAAGCUGUGGCCUCCGACCAGAGGAAGUUCGUGGCUCACAGCAACGUGCAGCAACUUUUGGGGCAAGUGUGGUAUGAUGGCAUGCCAGGCUUCAAGCGUCUGAGUCCCAUCGCUCAGCUGACAGAGAUAGCAAAAAUCGGCUGCCUUUUCCCGAUCUACUGCUUUGCUUUCCUCUUUGCUCCUAAGUCGUCUUUUGGAGCUGCCAUUAAGAAGCCUUUCAUCAAAUUUAUUGUCCAUUCCGCUGCCUACUGUUGCUUCCUCUUGCUGCUGGUGAUCGUGUCUCUGCGGGUAGAGACGCUGAUCAUGGAGCUCCUGGGUAAUGAGUGGAUACUGCAGCGGCUACGGCAGGCUGAGCACGAGUCGCGUGGCGGCUUCCCCUCUAUAGUAGAGUUGCUGAUAAUGGUGUUCGUGGUGGGUUUCAUCGUUAACGAAGUAGCUAAUCUAUGGGAAGAAGGACUCGGUGAAUUCAUCAAAGAUCUUUGGAAUAUCGUUGACUUCAUCAGCUACUUCUUCUACAUGAACUGGAUAUUUUUGAGAGCCACGGCCUGGUUCCUCUCGCAGCGAGCGGAGUGGUAUGGCGAGAACUACUACUACCCAAAGGAAAUGUGGCCUUACUUCGAUCCCAUUCUGAUUUCUGAGGGAAUGUUCGGUGCCGCCAACAUUUUGAGUUUCCUGAAGUUGGUGCACAUCUUCAGCGUCAAUCCGUACAUGGGGCCGCUGCAGGUCGCCCUUGGCAGGAUGGUGAUUGACAUCAUCAAGUUCUUCUUCAUCUACACACUUGUUCUCUUCGCCUUCGGUUGUGGCCUCAACCAGAUGCUGCGCUACUACGCUGACCUGGACAUGAAGAAGUGCUAUUCUCUGCCCGGAGGACUGCCAAACCCAAACGAGGCGGGCUCCUGCGAUAUCUGGCGGCGGUUUUCUAACUUAUUCGAGACAUCUCAAUCACUGUUCUGGGCAUCGUUUGGCCUAAUCAACCUGGACGUGUUUGAGCUGACGGGCAUCAAGACCUUCACUCGCUUUUGGAGUCUCCUCAUGUACGGUUCCUACAAUGUUAUCAAUGUCAUCGUGCUCCUCAACCUCCUGAUCGCCAUGAUGUCCAACUCCUACGCCAUCAUCUGUGCUCAAUGCGAUGUAGAGUGGAAAUUCGCUCGGUCUAAGCUGUGGAUGAGUUACUUCGAGCAAGGGAACGAAAUGCCGUCUCCCUUCAACCUGCUACCUAACAUCGGCUCGCUCCUCAACACGAAGACCUCAGUGACCCGGGACUCCAUGAAGAAAAGACAGGACUCGUUUCGAGAUAACCAGUAUGAGAACGUGAUGAAGAACUUGGUGCGGCGUUACGUCACCAAAAUGCAGAGGAGGAAUGACGAGCGUGCAAUCAACGAGGACGACAUCAACGAGGUGAAGCAAGACAUCUCCUCCUUCAGGUACGAACUCCUCAACGUUCUCAGGGUGAACAACAUGAACACCGGAAAAGCCCACGAGAAGCUGGAAACGACUUUCGGCAAGAAGCAGCAGGCUCGUGAGCGACGGCUUAUGAAGGGAUUCAACAUCGGUUUGGUGGAAGGCGUUGACGUCAACAAGUCAUUGGCUGGAGUAGUCAAAAAAUCCAUUAACCUCUUAACAGCUUUCAAGUUAAAGCAAAACAAGAAGAAGGACUGGAACCAGGAGGUGCGGAUGAGCAAGCGUGGUCACACAAGAGAUCUCAUCGGGUCGAGCCGCACCAGCAUGAAACGCACCAGUUUGAGACAAAACGUGCGCGCCAGCAGCAUCAAGCGACCCAAUGGGUGGAAGACUGUCCAGUACUACCAGAAGAGUGGAGUGUUCAUAGGAGAGGACGUGAACAUGACCAUUCUCCAGAGAGCCCGCCAGGAGCUCGACGCCAUAGAAAAAUCCAAUCAGCAAUACGGCCGCGGCUGGAAGAGGGUGAAGAAACUACACGCCGAGGGCCACGUGACAGGCAGCAGCAACCCGUCUUCGCCAACCCCAGGCCAGCUACCUCGCUCCGCCACCCCAUCCAAGCAACCCCGUCAGGCCACUCCUGAUAAUCGGCCUUGCACAGCCGCGCCAUCCAAACAGUCUCCUACCCAAACUCCUGACAGGCAACAAAAGCAGACCCUCAGUGGACCAGCUCCUGCCAUAUCCCCAUCACAGUCACCACCCAAGCCAGCAGCCCCAGCACCGGAUAAAUCACCCUCACAGCCACCACCCAAGGCAGCAGCCCUAGCCAAACCUCCGCCCAAGUCAUCCUCACCCUCACAGCCUCUCCCCAAACAGACAACUUCCUCAGGUCCGAAAAGCCCAACUUUCAAAUCCCAAGGCUGGCUGUAGUGAAUAUAAAGGCAGGUCAGACCAUCGACUUGUUCUUCAUAUCUCCUUUCGCACCAUUCCAGGGAAGUUUUUUGAGUAGAGAUGGAAGCAUUGAAUAGUUGCACGAGGUGAUCAACAGACCUCCAUCACGUCAUCACAUUGUCUCGUCGUCAUGUAGAUUUAGAGGAACAACAAAAAACGUAAAUGUGGUGUCUUAACUUAUCCUACCGAUAAGAAAAUAUUCCUUCCAUUCAGCAACUUCACAUAAAGUAUGUGAGGGCAUUAUUAUCAAUAUUAUCAUUAUUAUUAUUAUUAUUAUUAUUAUUAUUAUUAUUAUU